CCAACAAACAACUCCUGCGUCACACCACCACAGCACAUAAUUGAGGUAAAAUAAAAUAGCUACGACCUACGAGUAGUGAACAAGCCGUCACGCAAUUUGUUGCCACUCCUUUGCUAACCGCACCGGGAGUGCCACUGCAAGGGAAUAAUUUCCCACGAUCAGCGUCGUCGCUUAUCUCCGAAUCUCUCUCUCCCUCUCUGCAGUCCGCACCAUGGGUUCCGACUUCAAAUCGAUCCCCUUGAUCGAUAUCAGCCCGCUUGUCGAAAAGAUUGAUGAUCCAAGCAUGGCCAACGACAGGGAUUUACUGCAGGUUGUCCGGUUGCUGGACGAUGCUUGCAAGGAGGCUGGAUUCUUCUAUGUGAAAGGCCAUGGUAUUGACGAGUCGCUGAUGAGGGAAGUCAGGAAUGUAACGCGCAAAUUCUUUCAGCUUCCUUAUGAGGAAAAAUUGAAAAUUAAGAUGACACCUCAGAGUGGAUAUAGAGGGUAUCAAAGAUUAGGGGAGAAUAUUACCAAGGGCAAGCCUGAUAUGCAUGAAGCAAUCGAUUGCUAUACUCCUAUUAGACCUGGCAAAUAUGGAGACCUCGCUAAACCAAUGGAAGGAUCUAACUUAUGGCCAGAAUACCCAUCAAAUUUUGAAGUACUGCUGGAAAACUAUAUCAACUUAUGUAGAGAUAUUUCAAGAAAGAUAAUGCGAGGUAUAGCCUUGGCUUUGGGAGGGGCGAUUGAUGCUUUUGAAGGGGAAACAGCUGGAGAUCCUUUCUGGGUGUUAAGGUUGAUUGGUUAUCCAGUAGAUAUUCCAAAAGAGCAGCGCACUGAUACUGGCUGUGGAGCUCAUACAGAUUAUGGACUUCUAACACUGGUUAACCAGGAUGAUGACAUAUGUGCCCUUGAGGUGCAAAACCGCUCCGGUGAGUGGAUAUAUGCAACGCCGAUUCCCGGAACCUUUGUUUGUAACAUUGGUGACAUGCUGAAGGUUUGGACAAAUGGAAUAUAUCAGCCCACACUUCACAGAGUUGUCAACAAUUCGCCUCGUUACCGUGUAUCUGUUGCGUUCUUCUAUGAGUCAAACUUUGAUGCUGCAAUAGAGCCUGUUGAGUUCUGCCGGGAGAAAACCGGCGGUGCUGCCAAGUACGAAAAGGUUGUCUACGGAGAGCAUUUGGUUCAGAAAGUACUGACGAACUUUGUCAUGUAAAUUUGCUGGGUGCAGAUGUGGAGGAAUAAAUCUGUAUUGUAAACGGCACAUUAUAUUUCAUCUAUAAACAUGUUUUUUUUUAUAUACUUGUCGUUGGAGCAGAUUUACUUUA